GUAAGCAGUCUGUGGUUAAAAGUUUUUCAAUCAGCUGCGCGCACCUCGUAAUAAAAUAUAAGAAUUUCAUAAUAAAAAUAAAUAGCCGGUUUUCGGUUUGAAAUGUCCAGAAAUAAUUCGGCUGUAAUACAAUGUCGGACUGGUAUUGGCGGGCAAUUGCUUUAAAGGCAGCCUUCGCGUUAACUUUAUUCGUUUGUAGUGUACGUGCCGAGGAUACUGUGCCAAAGUUACCGUACUGCAAUCCCAAUAAUGAAAAAGACAGUAAAGUUUUUAAUGAUUUGGUGAUAGUAAGCACUUUAGAUGGGAGGUUGACCGCCUUCUCCACGCAGAAUGGCAUCAAAGCCUGGGAUUUGGAGACACAGCCGCUGCUCUCCUCAAACCUACAUCAUGUUGAGCUCACAUCAGGAGGAAAAUGGGUCCGUCUUGUGCCGUCCCUCAGUGGCUCCCUCUACAGUCUCAGUGGAGACAACAUCGAGCCUCUGCCUUUUGAUGCAGAACAGCUUCUUUCAUCCUCCUUUAAGUAUUCUGAUGACCUGGUUAUAGCUGGUGCCCGAGAAACCCUAUGGUUCGGUCUCGACGCUACCACGGGCGGCGUGAUCUACGAGUGCGGGUCAGGAGGCUGCAGUACUGAACAACAGACAGCCAAUGCGGGCCGUGACGUCAUAGUACUGAGGCGGCAUUCUAAUACUGUGCGAGCUUUGGACCCGAGGACUGGGAGUGAGAAAUGGAACUUCAGCGUAGCAGAACAUCGAGUCGCUCUAAGCCGUCGCGAGUGCGCCGACGCGCCGGCCGGGUCAGCGCCGGUCGCUGUGGCGGUGGCUAUGCCUGAAGGAGUGGUUGCUAUCAAGGAUAUAUCGGGGACCAAGCUGUUGUGGCAGCAGAAGUUAGAUGCACCAGUGGCAGGCAUGUGGCGCCUCCACGCGGGCACUCUACAGAACAUCGACGUGCUAUGGGAGGCCACUCAGACGCUCAUACAGGGGGGAGUUACUCAACAGCCUUCGCUUUAUAUAGGCGUGCAUGACCGACAGCUAUACAUCCAAGAAAGUCAAUUCUACUCCCGGAAGAUAGAAACAGCGGUAUCAGCGAAACCGUUGCCAUGGAAGCUGGUGACAGCCCGUCCUCUCAUAGGAGUGGAGCCUGACAAUGAAGAUACAGCCUUAUCAGUACACGAUAAUGAUCAAAAUGCAUUGUCGCUCAUCACGUUGUAUGGUACUGCUUUGAAUAAUGUCGGCGACCACGGCUACUUCGUCUACUUACAAGAAACUUGCGACCAAUCAGUCCAAGUUACCGAAGACACCUUCGACCUUCCGAACAUAAGCACGGAACAGCCUGAACAUCAUCACAUACACGUCCACAUCUCUUCUCUAUGGUAUUGGUGGAAGGAGGUUUUACUCAUCGCUGUGUCUUCGGCCUUGCUGAUGAAUCUGAUGAUAUGGCCAAGGUUCUUUGCGCCGAAGAUCAGGGCUGUUACGCCCUUGCCGAGUAGUCAGGAACAGGUGGUAGUGCAAGUGUGGCGCGUGAACAAGGAGGGUCGCUUGCCGGAGUACUCGGGCCGCUACGAGAACGACUUCACGCCGCUGCGCUGUCUCGGCCGCGGCGGCUUUGGCGUCGUCUUCGAGGCUAAGAACAAUAUCGAUGACUGUUCUUAUGCUGUUAAACGAAUUACUUUGCCUAGGAGGGCAUCUAAACGCGAGCGAGUGCUUCGCGAAGUGCGAGCUCUCGCGAAGUUAGAACACGAGCACAUUGUCCGCUACUUCAACGCGUGGGUUGAGGAACCUCCUCCCGACUGGCAGCAGCAACGUGACGCUGUAUGGAUGAGAAGUGCUCUCGCGAAGUUGGAACACGAGCACAUUGUCCGCUACUUCAACGCGUGGGUUGAGGAACCUCCUCCCGACUGGCAGCAGCAACGUGACGCUGUAUGGAUGAGGGAGUUGGACGGAGUAUCAGUUGCGAUGACAGACGAGUACACGGCGACGUCGCCGCCGCCCGCGGCCGGUGACGUCACGCUCAACCUGCACAAGUGUACCCACAGCGACAACAAGCUCGCUGAACCUAGCAAGAGGCUUAGGUCAUUAAGCUGCAACGAUUCCUUCAGCAUAGUUUUUGACGAAAACGCUCCUCAUUCGUCAAAACCGUCAGACUUAACCGGGCGUUCGCUCGCGAAACCCGACGACGGCGACGAUUCGUUCAUAGUGUUCGCGAACUCCGGAGAAGAGGUGGAGGGGAGAAGUUCUUCCUUCGACAAGAGAUUGGAGAGAGUUAAGGAGUGUGAUUAUAAGACUGAGAGUUCGUGUACUGGGAAGAAGAAGAAGAAAGGGCACACCCGGCACUGGUCGCUGGACAUGGUAGUGCGCGGCACGGGAACACAACCCGACACCCCCGCGCCCGCCAGCCCACAGAUGUACCUCUACAUACAGAUGCAGCUGUGUCGCCGGGACAGCUUGCACGACUGGCUGAGGGAGAAUCGCUGCUGUCACGAUAGAGCUGACAAGGUAAAAGUCCUGUUCAGCCAAAUAGUAUCAGCGGUCGAAUACGUGCACUUAGCAGGCCUCAUUCAUCGAGACCUCAAGCCUUCUAACAUUCUAUUCGCUCCCGACGGACGAGUGAAGGUGGGAGACUUCGGGCUCGUCACCGCCAUGAGCGACACGUCCAGUGACGGACAGAGGACUGACGUGGUGGAUGCACAUCAGAGGCAUACGUAUCGAGUUGGCACACAUUUGUACAUGUCACCAGAACAAUUGCUGGGCCGUCCGUACAGCUACAAAGUGGACAUCUACUCUCUCGGGCUGAUAUUGUUCGAGUUGCUGCACCCAUUCGGCACCGAGUCCGAGCGGGUCGCGUGUCUACUGCGCCUGAGGCAGGCCAUAUAUCCCGACCAGUUUAGCUCCAGUUAUCCGCAAGAGACCAAAGUCCUAAAAAUGAUGCUGAGUGAAGACCCGUCGAAGCGGCCCACAGCGACCGGCGUCCGAGCUUACGCACCGCUGUACCAACACACCAACCCUGAUCAUCAUUUCACAUUACCUACCAUGGCUGCCGCAUAGAAAACCAUUAAUAAACCUACAGUAAGUUCACCUAACUAUAGUGUCACCGCAUCUUUUGUUCAGUUGACAGCUGUCAAUUUCAGCAACUGUCAACUGUCAUUUUAUAUUGUUGGUAAAAUAUUUUAUGUAAGAGGCUGUCAGGUGGUAUGAGAAAAUGGAACUAGAAUUUUUGAGGUUUGUAAAAGAUAUAGCUUUCAUGUUUGUAAGCAAUAAUAAUAAUUGUGAGAAUAAUUAA